UUGUCUUUCCGCAUAGACUAUGUAUGGUUGAACUAUUUUAAAUGAUUUUUAUUAUGGAAUUGGAACGUUCCCCAAAUUAAAAAAAGAAAGAGCUGCCUUCCUGUCUGUCUAAUCCGAAUCCACUGUCAAAAAAUUGUAAAAACUAUAAUGGACAAAAUUCCAGACCAAAUCGGUUACCUGGUGCUUACAGAGGACGGGGCUGUCCUCGAGUCUGGAGGGGAGCUGGAGAAUGACGAGCGAGUAGCAACGAUAGUGACAGACCUUAUCAGCUUAUCAAACAAGGUUGAUCCUGUGGCUUUUUCUCCCAGUGAACAGUUCAAGAAAAUAUCUAUAACGUACGACGACCACUGGUUCCUAAUUUGCAUGUCCAAUAAGAAGAUAUAUGUGGUCAAAAGGAACAUAUCUCUUCCUGCAAGUGAACCUAAUUCAGUUGUUGUUUGACCAAUUCAAAACUAAGUCACCAUGGGACGGAACUUACUAAUGAGUAGUCUUGAAAAUGCAUCAUUUAAUAUAAUCUUCCAAAUAAUA